AUGGGUUUGGGAUGCUUUACAUACAUGCUUCUAUUUAUCGUAUAUUUUCCAUUACUUUUUAUCAAUUUUCUGGUACUUGCUAAUUCUAACCUCCCUUCCUUGCAGCAAUCGAAACCAUUGUGCCAUGAUCAAGAGAAGAUUGCAUUGCUUCAUUUUAAGCAAAGCUUUCGUCUUGAUUGCUCUGUAUCAAAUCCUACCUUGGUGAAAUCAUGGCACAAUGAAUCAGACGUUCAUCAUUCGAAAAAUGCCACUGUAAUUGGUGAUUGCUGUAGGUGGGAUGGUGUCAAGUGCAAUGAGGAGACGGGUCAUGUGAUUGGUCUUGACCUCAGUAGCAGCUGCCUUUACGGCACCUUCCCUCAAAACAGCACCCUUUUCAGCCUUAGUCAUCUCCGUGAGCUUGAUCUUUCUUAUAACAACUUUAAUUAUUCUCAAAUCCCCUCUGACAUUGGUCGUCUAUACAAGCUCACACAUCUCAAUCUCUCCGAUUCAGUUUUAAGUGGCGAAAUUCCACUAGAAAUUUCAAAAUUGUCAAGCCUAUCUCUUCUUGACCUUUCAUAUAAUGGAGGUCCUAUAGGUGUCAAUGAGAAGUUAAAUCUGAAACUUAAUGAUUUGAGUCUAGAGAAGUUAGUAAAUAAUUUAAGUCGCUUAACCCAUUUUUAUCUUGACUUUGUUGACAUAUCGUCUGAGGUACCUCCUAUCUUAAGCAAUAGAACUUCCCUAAAAGCUAUCUCUCUCGGUUUUUGUAAUCUAUUGGGUGAAUUUCCAACAAGUGUUUUCCGGCUACCAAAACUUGAAGAAAUUUCAUUGAUUAACAAUCCCAAUUUAAAAGGAUAUCUUCCUGAAUUUCAUUCUAAUAGUCCUCUUCGUGUUCUAGUUCUACAGAAUAUAAAAUUUUCAGGAGAUUUGCCAGAUUCACUUGGAAAUCUUGCAUCCUUGAGUGUUCUUAAUCUAUAUGAUUGUGAAUUCUCUGGAAAAAUUCCAUCCUCUAUAGGUAACUUGACAGACCUUACUAUACUCGGCCUUGCCUACAAUUAUUUUAGUGAACUCCCGUACUCCAUCAUGAACCUAACGCGCCUUACUAGUUUAUUUCUUUCAAACAUGAUGGAUGUUAGGACUGCUCGAAUAUUGAAAUCUUGGCUGCCUAAGCUAAAUUCACUUACUAAACUAUUCCUUCCCCAAAUGCAUUUAGGAAAUGACAUUCUGCCUACUCUUUCUAACUUAACUAGACUCGAUUUUUUGAUUCUUCAAAACAACUUGUUAACAGGACCACUUCCAAGUUGGUUCAUGAAUCUAACCCAAUUAGAAGUAGGUAAUCAGUUGCAAGGUCCAAUCCCACCUUGGAUUUCUAACCUUAUUAGUCUUCAAUUAUUGAAUUUGAAUUUCAGGGGCACAGCUGGCAAGCUUGAUCCAUUUUUCAUGCUCCCAAAUCUUCGUGUUUUAAUAUUAAGUGGUGUUAGCCUCACAUUCCCUCAAAAUAUAAGCACCAAUUCAUCUAUUUUGAAGUUGCACACUUUGGGUCUUAAAUCGUGCAACUUGACCGAGUUCCCAAAAUUCUUACGUUAUCAAGAUGAGUUAAGAGGACUAUUUCUCCAAGGAAACAACAUCACAGGAAAUAUCCCACAAUGGUUGGUGAACACAACUAGGGAAAAUCUAUUGUUCUUAUACCUGUCUAAUAACCUUUUAACAGGUUUUGAACAACCUUUGAUUUUUCUCCCAUGGAAUAAUUUGAAAGCGUUAGAUCUCAAUGAUAACAAGUUGCGAGGGCCACUUCCAAUGCCUCCAAGGUCCAUGCUAGUUUAUCAAGUCUCAUAUAAUCAAUUCCAUGGAGUUCUUCCCCAUCAUAUAUGUCGUGCAACUUCUUUAGUCUACCUUGACUUAUCAGAAAACAGUCUGGUAGGCGAGAUUCCAAGCUGCAUUGGUCAUCAGCUUAGUGGUUCUUUGCAAGUUUUAAAUGCACGAGGCAAUCAAUUUGGUGGUGCCAUUCCUCCAACAUUCUCAAAAUCCUGUAAAUUGAAAAUGAUUAAUUUAAGCCAAAAUCAAUUUGUGGGAAAUCUCCCAAAGUCAUUAAUCAAUUGUACUUUGCUUGAGGUACUUGAUGUUGGAAGCAAUCGUAUUAAUGACACUUUUCCAUCAUGGUUAGGAAGUAUUCCCACGUUGCAAGUUCUUAUCAUGAGGCAUAACUACAUCUAUGGGAAGAUAACAACCCCAUUUCCUAGUUCAGUUGGUAAUGAUUUUCAUGGGUUGCGUAUAAUUGAUCUAUCUUAUAAUUAUCUUACUGGUAACUUGCCAUCUGGGUAUUUUCAAAGUUGGGUUGCAAUGACGCUUUCAACUGAAAACUCAUCAAACUCAUCAAGUUCUUUUUUUCAAAUGUAUUUUUUAUAUGAUUACGGUCAAAUCUGGUCUUUCGAUGAGAGAUACAAUUAUGUUGUCACCAUAACAAAUAAGGGGAGUGAAACAACUUACCCAAAGAUAUUGACUGUACUGCGAGUCAUUGAUCUUUCAAGCAAUAAGUUCACGGGUAGAAUCCCUAAGGACAUUGGAAAUCUUAGGGGUCUUCAGGCUCUUAAUCUAUCCAACAACAAUCUUGUUGGUGGUAUACCAUCUUCUCUAGCCAACAUUACAGACCUCGAGUCCUUAGACCUUUCUGAAAACAUGCUUUCAGGGCUGAUUCCUCGGGAAUUGACAAGGCUAACCUUUCUUGGGGUCUUUAAUGUUUCACAAAAUCGUCUUGUUGGAUCAAUACCUAAAGGAGAACAAUUCAAUACUUUUGACAAUAACUCUUUUGCUGGGAACUCGGCAUUAUGCGGAGCUCCAUUGUCCACAAAGUGCAAGAAAGACUACAUGCCAUCCUCACCACCACAAAAAUCAACAAAUGAUGAGAUAGUUGAAGAGGAUACUAAGCUGAUUGAUUGGAUCAUCAGAUCUUUAGGGUGUGUAAGUGGAUUUAUAAUCGGCUAUGUCAUUGGGAAGAUAUAUGUGACUGAUCGACAUCAUGAUUGGUUUAUGAAGACUUUUGGAAGGAAAGGGAGGUCGAAAACAAGAGUGAAGAGAUCAACACAAAGAGUUAGGAGAAAUUGA